GUGUUCAGUAAACGAGGCAGACCCUGCCUGAUAUUAGUGAUAAUAGGCAUCAGUAAGAAAAAGGCAGGCUCAAGGGACGUUUCUCGUCCCCUCAAGCUUUAUCUUCACAGUCUUUGUGUUUUCAAAUUAAAAGCCAUUGUUUUCCAUGUAGACUUUACAUCAAUUUAAAACGGCAUUGUCAGCCGUAUAUUUGCUUUCUAGCUUAAAAACAUAUUCCAAAGCAACACCGUGACAUGACUGGGUUGUGUAAACAAAUUUAUUAUACCUGCUUCUUCCUGCUUAAGUGUGUGUUUUGUUUUCACUCUCACACUGCUGGUGAAGUUGUUAUACCCGUAGAUAAUCCAAGGAGGUCACCAGAGGAACAGGAACAAUGUACCUGCACUGCUUUAACAGGAAGCUAGUGAAAAAAGCAAGAAGCAAGCAAAGUUUUAUUUACUGUACAUACCCAACUAAUAUUGGCUGACACAAAUAAAGAAUCAUGGUCCGAGCUCAGGCCUGGAUUCUGACCAAGCACUUCCACGGCUUCCCACAGGACAGCGACUUUGAGCUGAAGGUGGAGGAGCUCCCCGAGCUCAAACAUGGGGAGGUGCUUCUGGAGGCGGUGUUCCUCAGCGUUGACCCGUACAUGAGGGCGUACAGCACAUGGCGCAUGAAACAAGGGGAUGUGAUGAUUGGAACUCAAGUGGCCAAGGUGAUUCAAAGUAAUAACCCAUCAUUUACUGUGGGAACGCAUGUUGUUGCUCGUUGCGGAUGGAGAACCCACACGGUCAGCGAUGGAACCGACCUCGUCCCCGUCAUGGCUGAGUGGCCUCAGGACGUGUUGCUGUCCCAGGCUCUGGGGGCCAUCGGCAUGCCAGGACUGACCGCUCUGUACGGCAUCGAGGAGGUCUUGGGGCUCCAGGAGGGCGACACCCUGCUGGUCAACGCUGCAGCGGGGGCCGUGGGCUCUGUGGUGGGCCAGAUCGCCAAAAUAAAGGGCUGCAAGGUGGUGGGUUCAGCAGGCUCCGAUGCAAAGGUGGCAUUUGUUAAAGAGCUGGGCUUUGAUGAGGCCUUCAACUACAAGACUGUAGGAUCCCUGGAGGAGGCUCUGAGGAAGGCUUCUCCAGACGGAUACGACUGCUACUUUGACAACGUGGGAGGUCCGUUUACAACCGCUGCCUUGCAACAAAUGAAGAACUUUGGGAGGGUAGCUGUGUGUGGAAGUAUUUCUAUAUACAACGACUCCACGCCUCAGACAGGCCCGUAUCCGUACCUGACUAUGAUCCAGAAGCAGAUUAAGAUGGAAGGCUUCUUGCAAGGCAGGUGGCAGCAUAAACACCCUGAAUCCCUCAAGCGAUUGAUGACAUGGUUCAAAGAGGGCAAACUGAGGACCAGGGAGCACUUCACAAAAGGCUUUGAAAACAUGCCAGCUGCGUUCAUGGGGAUGCUGAGGGGGGAAAACAUCGGCAAAGCUGUCGUCGCAGUUUAAAGUGGAAAAAAAGGAGCAAAACACAAAUUAGGAUUAUUGAUGUGUGUCAAAUCAUUCAUGGAUUAAUGAGCAAUACGCACCCAACAGUUAAUCGAAAUUAAUUCAAAUUAAGACACUAAUCCAGUUUAUUUGAAUAGUUUUGUAAUCCGUCGUAUAAAUUCUGCACAGAAAAAGCAAUAAAUUGAUGUCUGUACUGUU